UCCAUGUUUUAAAGGUUUUCAUGUAGCCAGUUCUUCCAGAAAGACUUGUGAAUUUAGGUUUUUCCCUUUCACGCCUUUCUAGAUAGAUAGAUUUGUUGAUUUAAUCUGACAUUAUCUCUUGAAUGACACAGAAUUUUUUUCCCUCAUUCAGAAAUCCUUUUAGUGCCAAAUAUUUGUCUAUUUUUGACAGAUUGACAUACCUAUGUUAAGGAAUAAAGGACUAAUAUAUUCUUUCAUUGUAAUUCUCUUCUUCCAGAGUGUGGCUUAGCAAGAUGGAUUAGUUCUCUGAUAAAAUUCCUACCCUUACAGCUUAACUUUCUCCCUGGAAAGAGCUAACAUUAUUGAGGAAGGGUAUAGAGUACGGCGUAUAACCCACUUGUGGCUGAGAUUUUAAUUUUGUUAUUGAAUUUUGAAGAGUUUUGACUUUGGUAGAACUUAAUAUAUCGGCACUUCCUUCCUAAAACUUUAUUCCAACAUACAUUUUUUUUUUUCCCCUGGCCUAGUAGAAGCCUGAGAAUAUAGUUGAUUUUUCUCAUUCAACUUCCAUCAUUAACACUGCUCACAUCAUUCCUUGUUUUAGUGGUAUUCACUGAGAAAAGAUUUGGGAAUGUUGCCUAUUUCAUGAAGGAAGGGGGAGGAAGGCAUGUUCCCAGUCCACUCCAGGCCUAAAUGUAGUGAUGCAGGGCUGUAAUCUCAGUUAUUUAGGAAGCUGAGAUAGAGGGCUAAAUUGAAGGCUAACCUAAGCAAUUUAGUGAGGCUGUUUCAAAGAGUAAAAAGUGGGCUGAGGUUAUUAUAAUCUCAGUGGUAGAGUGCUUGCUUAGUAUGGGUGAACACUAGGUUUAAUCCCCAGUACAGGGGGAGGAUGUGAGCCUGUGCUCCCCAUUUAGAGAUGAGCUAGUCUUAGACUAUUUGCCCCGCCUUAAAAUAGUUGGUUUAUUUUUGUAGAACUUAGGAAGUGUGGGAAAUGAGAAGGUUGUAUCUCACUUAGCCACAGAAACAUGUAUGGGGAAAGAUGAUGUUGCUUGUCACCGUUUUCUAAUCCUGUGUGGUGACCUUCAUUAUCAGAUUUAAAACUCCGUUGUUUCCUGUGAGGCAUGUUACCAAUUUGAGCUGCACAACUCACCUUUUUCCCCUCCCUUUAUCUCCUUUUCUUGUCUUGUUCUAUGUUUUUUUUGUUUGUUUUUUGCUUUUUCUCCAGCUGUGCUUCCUAUGUCUUCAGCCUUAAAUGUUACUGCUGCUUUAGGGCAACCUGGAUCUACUGUUCCCGCUCCUUGCUCCCUGGCCCCUCAACAAUGCCCUCCAGCAACUGCUAAUCAGCCUUCCCCAUUCCCUUCUCCCUCUAGUGUUACCUCCACCCCUUUUGAAGUUCCUUUUUCCCAGCCAUCUUCUGGAACAACUGUGCCUUUGGAAACUUCCCCCCACGCUCCAACUUUCCUACCACACCUAAUAGGGCCUCCCAUCUCCCCAGCUGCCUUAGCUUUGGCCUCUCCCAUGAUAGGUCCAACUCUGAAAGGUGCCCGUUCCUCUUCAGCUCCCUUGUCUCUGGUUGCAGUGGCUCCCCACUCAGUUCAGAAAAGUUCUGCAUUUCCACCUCACCCUUUUACCUCACCUUCCUCAGUUCCUAUAGCAGAGACAGGGUCUCUGAUGGCUCCUAUUACUCCCUUAGAACCAAAGGCUUCUCCUAUUCAAAUUCCUUCUCAGACAGUUCCUAAUCCAAAAGGUACUACCCCAAGUCCUUCGACUACAGUCAGUGCAUUCCCUUCCCACUUUAAAGCUCCCUUGGCCUCUCUUCAGUCUGGAUUAGCCUCCUGUUCUCAGACAAUACCCAUCACUCCCCCGGCUAUCACUUCUCAGGUCAAAGGUAUCCCUGUUUCCUCAGCUCUAAUGCCACAAAACAUGUUAAGCCUUAGCCUAAAGGGACCUGUUAGUUCACUUGCUCAAAAGACAGUGAUUCCCAACAUCCUCCCAGGAUCCCCUGUUUCUCUGAGCUCUCAUCUCCCACCUUUGCUUCAGAGUUCUUCAGAUUCUCCUAACCAACUUUCAGGUCAAUCAGGUCCCAGUGCUCUGUCAGAUCCUACUGUGACUAAUACAGUUUCUGUAGAUCAUUCUUCCAUUGAGGCAUCUUCUCCAUCUGAGGCAUCUGUAAUUCCUCCCCUUGCUUCCAGACAUGAACCUGUUGCUCAUGCUGUGGCAUCUCUUCCAGUGGGGGCUCCAGCUUCUGCUAUGGCUCAGUCUGUUGACAGGGGCCUCACUAACAUCACUAGUCUAACCUACAGCUCUCCUGGCUCCUCAAAUCUAGCAGGUACUUCAUUAUCUCCUACAGCCUCACUCAUUCUCAAAGGCUCAGCUAAUGCCACUCAGCAGCCUUUGGUGACCCAGUUUCCUUCUUCAAAAACUGUCUUGAAAGAAACUCCUGUCUCUUCUGCUGGAACUACCCCACCUGUUAUAGAUAACCCCUCAACAAUUUCUGUAGCACCUACCACUUAUGUGCCUCUUCCAGUUUCAUCAGGUCUCAUCAGUAGUAAAGAACUGACUUCCUCGACUGCCUUGGUUUUAGCACCUACAGCUCGCAAUAAGCUUCCUGCUACUCAGGUAGCAACUACUCUAGGGCUACCAGUCUCACCUCCUCCAGCCCCUGAAGGCCUUAAAAAUCUCCCCACUUCUGAAUUGGUAAGUGUAGGAGCCCCUACUUCUCCAGUCCAGGCAGCACUCCCUACCAGGAAAGACCCUACUCUACUGCCCUUUUCCCUAGCAGCUCCUAAAGAGUCUCCUCCCCAAAGCACAUCAUCUUUGGAUGUGCCUUCUCCUCAAGCCACUCUAACAAAGAUGACCCUUGAAGGGCUUCUCCCUGUAGCUAGGCCAGCCAGUACCACUAGUUCUUUGGGUAAUAAUUCUCCAGCCACUGUAGUCAAAACCGAGUCUUAUGCCCAUCCAGACACUGUCAAUUUGCCUCUCAAAAGUUCUAUCACUGCCUCAACAAUGGUUCCAUUUUCUUUAGAAAGUUCUGAUCAUGCAGGAGUGGCUCCUAGACCUGCCAAAGGUACCUCUACUCCUAAGACUUCCACUUCUGCUGCUGUACCUUUUGUUCCUCUAGCUUCUGAAGACUUGCCUGUGGCUCCAUCUAUGGCUUUAUCUCCCAAGAAUGUUUCUGUCUGUAUAGCCCCUGAAAUUCCCAAGUCUGCUCUUCCCCCAUGUGGGAUUUCUUUUUCAGGUGCAAACAAAGUUGACAGUGUUUCUUAUGUGGCAUCUCCUGAAGGGCACCCAGAUGCCUCUGGUGCUUCUCUUACUGCAUCUUCCAAAGGAACUCUAGUUUGUCUUGCAGACUCCCCAUCUCCUUUAGAGGCUGCUGUGUCUCCUCAGACUAAAAGACAUCCAACCAAAAAGGGUUCUGCUGUCCCAAAUGUUCUUCCUGGAAAUCAUUCAUCUCCUCUUUCUCCACUUGACAUUUCCCACCUUCCAGAGGCCAGUCUUUCUUUUCAAGCCCCUAAAGGCUCACUUAAGCUUUCUCCUACUCCUCCAUCCCCUAAAGGGUCCCCUACUCAUUCAACUGUGGCUUCUCCCAUCCCAGAAGGGGCAGCUGCCUCCCUCAAAGAGGUGCCAGCAGCUCCCUUCCCUAAAGGGACCCCCACUGCCCCAACAGAGACUCCUAUAUCCCCCAAAAAGACCUUAGCAACUUCAUUCCCCAAAGAUGCCACAACUGUCCCAGCAGAAAUUCUUCCUUCCCCACAAAAGACCCCAGUAACUACAGUUUCCGAAGGGGCUUCAGCAGUCCCAUCCCCCAGAGCAGCCCCCACUGCACCAGAUAUGACUCCUACCUCUCCCAAAAAGACUCCAGCAACUGCAGUCCCCAAAGAUGCCCCAGCAACCCUGUCUCCCCAAAAGGCCCAUGCAGCCCCAUAUCCUAAUGGGACCCCCAUUGCUCCAGCUGAGAUCUCUCCCUCCUCACAAAAGGCUUCAGCAACUCCAUCUCCCAAGGGUACCUCUUCUCCCUCCUCACAAAAGGCUCUAGAAAUUAUAACUUCUAAGGUUGCCCCAGCUGUGACUCCUGCUCCCCACAAAAAGGCACCAGAAAAUGAAACUUCCAAAGAAGUCUCAGGAGCCCAGUCCCCCACUGCACCAGAUGUGACUCCUACCUCCUCCAAGAAGUCCCUACCAACUGCAGCAUCCAAAGAGGCUCUAACAACCCCACCCUCCAGAGGUGUUCCUACUGCUCCAGCUGUGACUCCUCCCUCCCCCAAAAAGGCUCCAAAAACUACAUCCCCAAAAGGUGCUCCUGUGCCCCCAAAAAAUGUGCCAGAAAUGGAAGCCUCCAAAAAAGUCUCAGCAGCCCAGUCGCCCAAAAGGGCCCCCACUGCACCAGAUGUGACUCCUACAACCCCACCUCCAAAAGGUGCUCCCACUGUUCUAACUAUGACUUCUUCCCCAAAAAAGUCCCCCAAAACUUCAGCUCCCAAAGAAUCUCCAGCCACCACCCCAUCUGAAGGGGUCACCACUGUGCCACUGGAGAAUCCUCCCUCCCCCAAACAAAAAAAGUCUCCCCAAACUAAAACCCCCAAAGAAUCUCCAGCCACUACCCCAUUUGAAGGGGUUACCACUGUGGCACUAGAGAAUCCUCCUUCCCCAAAACAAAAAAAGUCCCCCAAAACUAUAGCUCCCAAAGAAUCUCCAGCCACUACCCCAGUGGAGAGUCCUACGACCUCUAAAAAGGUCUCUAAAACUGCAGCCCCCAAAGAAAGCCCUACAACUCCAUCCCUGAAAAAGGCACCAAGAACUAUAACCCCCAAAGAGGCUUCAGCAACCCCAUCUCCUGAAGGGGUCGUCAGUGUACUGGAGAUUCCUCCCUCCAAAAAGGCCCCCAAAACUGCAGGCCCUAAAGAAACUCCAGCAACCCCAUCCCCAAAAAAGGCCCCUAAAACUACAGCUCCCAAAGAAACUCCAGCAACCCCUUCACCAAAAAAGGCCCCCAAAACUUCAGCUCCCAAAGAAACUCCAGCAAUGCCAGCUCCUGAAGGGAGCACCACUGGGCCAUUGGAGAAUUCUUCUAAAAAGGCCCCCAAAACUUCAAUCUUAAAAGAAACUCCAGCAGUCCCAUCUCUUGAAGAGGUCACCCCUGUGCCAGUAGAGAUUCCUUCCUCCUCCCAAAAAGCUCCACAAACUGUACCCCCCAAAGAAACUCUACCAACCUCAUCCCCCAAAAGGGCACCAAGAAUAGCCCCUAAAGAAACUCCCGUAAGCCCAUCUCCUGAAGGGGUCACCACUCUACCAUGGGAGCUUCCUUCCUCUCCCCAAAAGGCUCCAAAAACUGCAGCCCCCAAAAAAACUCUAGCAACCCCAUCCCCCAAAAGAGCUCCCAAAGAAAGUCCAACACCAUCUCCCAAAAAGGCCUCCAAAACUGCAACCCCCAAGGAAGCUCCAGCAGCCCCAUCUCCUGAAGCAGUCACCACUGAGCCAUCAGAGAGUCUUCCCUCUCCCAAAAAGGCCCCCAGAACUGCAACCCCCAAAGAGGCUUCAGCCACCCCACACUCCAGAAAGGCACCAAGAAAUUCAACACCCAAAGAAACUCCAGCAGUCCUAUUUCCUGAAGGGGUCACCACUGCACCACCAGAGAUUCCUUCCACCUCUCAAAAGGCACUAGCAACUCCAUCUCCCAAAGAGGCUCCAGCAACCCCACCCCCCAAAAAGGUAGCAAGAACUACAGGCUCCAAAGAAGUCCCAACAAUCCCAUAUACUGACGGUGUCACCACUGUACCUCCAGAGACUCCUCUCUUCCCCCAAAAGGUCCCAACAACUACAGCCCCCAAAGAAGUUCCCAUCUCCAUCACCGCUAAGACACUGGAGAUUCCUGCCUCCCCCAAAGAGAUUGCAAUAGUCCCAUCUCCCAAAGAUGUCCCCACUGCCUUAGCUGUGACUUCCUCCUCCCAAAAGGCCCUAGGAAUUCCAUCUUUAAAAGGUGCCCCCAAUGCCCCAGUCAGGAGUCCUUCCUCCCUUAAAAAGGCCUCAAAGAAUGCAGCUCCCAAAGAGACUCCUACAACCCCAUCUUCUAAUAAGGCAUCUACUGUCCCGGCUGUGACUCCUCCCUCCCCUACAAAGACCCCAAAAACUCCAUCCCAAAAGAAGGCACCAAAAACUUUAGCCACCAAAGAAUGUCCAAACCCCUCUCUUGAAGGGGUCACUACUGCACCAAUGAAGAUGAGUGCUCCCUCCUCCCAAAAGGUCCCAGCAACUGCAACCCCCAAGGAGGCUUCAGCAAUGCAAUCUCUUAAAGGGGACCCCACUGUCAUAUCUGUGACUCCUACCUCCAAAAAGGCCCCAGCAGUUCCAUCUCCUGAAGAUGCCUCCACUGUCCCAGUGGUUUCUCCCUCCCCUAUAUCCCCAGUAAAGAGUUUUCCCUCCAAAAAUGCACCAGCUACUGCAGCCCUGAAAGCAGUUCCAGCUACCACAUCUGAAGGAGCCCCCACUGCCCCAGUAACAGUCCCCAGAGAGGCCUCAGCAACUGCAACUUCCAAAGAGGCUUCAGCAGGCCAGUGUCCUAAAGAGGCCCCUACCAUCCCAGCUCUGAUUCCUACCUCCCCUAAAGAGGUACCAGCAACUUCAUCCCCACAAAAGGCCUCAGCCUCCAAAGAGACCUCAGAAACAUCAACCUCCAAAGGAGUUCUCAUGUCCACCAUCAACACUCUACCCUCUCUUCCCUCUGCUAAACAGACCCCAGCCUCUAAAAGGGCCCCCAGUCUCUCAGCUGUUACUCCUUCCUCCCCCAAAGGCUCUCCUUCCCCAGUGUCAGUUAUAUGUAGUACAGAGACUGUUAACCUUCCGGCAUCUGAAAAGCUGCCAAAGAAAGACCCUACAGGUCUCAAAGAAGUCCUUGUUGCAUCAGCUCCAGAAAGUGCACUGGUCAUCACUGCUCCCACCCAGAAAGCCCCAAAAGCCAAGAAGAAUUCUGCUGCUUCACCUUCUAAGUGCUCAGAUCCCUCAGCUAAGAAUGAUACAAAAGGACCCCUUUCUACAGUGGCUCCAGCCUCUUUACUGAAGGUCCCUGUUGAAAAAGACUCUUCAAAGCCUGCAGAAGCUCUUCCUAUGUGUUCUACAAAAGGCAGUAAUUCUGUUCAUUCCCCAAAGGGUCCCUUGGCUGCUUCUCCCAAGUAUAAGACCUCUACCCCUCCAGUGGCAAUUCCCUCUGACAAAGUCCUUCCUAAAGCUGGAUUAUCAUCAGUGGCUCCAAAACCCACCCCACCAGUCUCUGUGACUCUUGCUUCCCCCCCAGCUCCUCCUCUGCUUCCUAAACAGCCAUUUCUUCAGUCCUCACCUGGGCUGGUACCUGAGUCACCCUCUAAGCUCCCAGCCCCUGCUGAUGAGGAUGAGCUGCCGCCUCUGAUUCCCCCGGAACCAGUCUCUGGGGGAGUGCCUUUCCAGCCGGUCCUCGUCAACAUGCCUGCCCCUAAACCUGCUGGGAUCCCUGCCCCAGCCCCCUCUGCCAAGCAGCCUGUUCUGAAGAACAACAAGGGUACUUGCCUUGGUUUGCUGUGUGCAUGGUGUGUUGCCCACACCCCUCUUGGGGGCUACCCACCAAUACUAACUAGGAUGCGCCGCUCUCUCCAGUACAUCUGCUUGAGUUUGGACAUAGUGUGUAGAAUGAUGACUAAACGCAGAAGCUCUGGGCAUAUGAAACUAAAUCUUGGUUUCCAUCAUCUCAGAUAAUACUACUUUGUGUCUUAUGUAAAGUGGUCCAGGCUAGCCUGCCAUCCUUUUUACCUAACUGAGCUGAUACUGAAAACCAAGACCUACCAAGCCUUUCUUUGCUCUAACCCUUACCACGUCACUAACCUUGUCCCUGGGGCUUGCUAAAAAUUUUGGAGUCUUAAAACUAUUUCCUUUUUACUUUUUAGACUUAGUAAUUACCAGGUGCCCAGGGACAUCUUUUCUUACAAAUGUAGAGAUCUGUUUUUCUUAGCCUAAGAAUGGUGUGGGUAUAUGCUUUCCUCCCUCUCCAGUAGUAUUUAUUGAUGCUUGGCCUUUCAAUUGAAGGAAGAUUAAAAUACCUGAAUCUGUUUGGAAGAAAUGGGAGAAGUCACAGGACUUAAGCUAGUAGAGAAGGUGGUUCUUAGAACUUGACAACAUUGAGAAUUUUCCAGUGAUGGGGUUAAAUUCCUAAGGCAAAUGGUUUAGAAAUAUGGCAGAAUGUAUGUGUACGACUGCUUCUGGCCUCUUCCAACCCUGUUUAAAGGAUGAAGAGAAAGCCUGUUCUGCCUCUACGAUAUGAUUUUCCUUUUUUUUUCUCAAUUAAUUGUAUAGAUAUUAUUAUUAAAGAUUUAACUUUGUAAGGCCUUGCAUAAAGCAGUAACAGACUAUGGUAAGGUGCCACACCUUAAAAUUCUACAAAAGUAGUAAAAGUUGUCUGU